AUGUACGCCACCAACGGUGGACACAAAGACAUCGUUCACUAUCUGCUGGAAAGAGGAGCUGAUCCUAACUAUCACAACGAUAACUCGACGCCAUUGAUGGCUGUCUGCGGCGCUCGCAGUGAUGUGAGCGAAGAGGAUCUGAUUGAUUGCGCCAAAAGUCUGAUGAAAUUUGGCGCAAAUGUGAACGCUUUGGAUAAAUACGGAAACUCUGCGCUCAUAUAUGCGGCCAAAGCCGGGAAGUGUGGUCUCACUCAAGAACUCAUCGAUAAUAACGCAGAGAUUAAUCGUGCAAACAAUGAGGGCUGGAAUGUAGGCAUUGCUGAAGACAUUCAAUAG